AUGCCCUCCCCGCCCACGAUAGAUCGGGCUGCCGUGACCGGCUUCCACAACGGCGCCCUGUAUGAUGCACACCGGCCUUCGUACCCACCCGAGGUUGUCGACGCUCUACUGACCGAGCUCGGCAUCGCGGGCCGUCAGGGAGCUAGGGUUGUCGAGGUUGCUGCAGGGACGGGCAAGUUCACGGUCCCCCUAGCAGCCCGGCCUGAGGGGUUCGAGAUUCGCGCGGUGGAACCGCUGGCGAGCAUGAGAGACCAAUUGGCGGCCAAGGGAAUAUCUAAUGUGGAGGUCCUAGAAGGGUCGGCCACGUUCGCCAACGUCGAAGCACUCGCCCAACUCAAGAGGGUUGUCAAGCCCGGGUCCUCUCUGGCACUCCUGUGGAACAUUGAAGAUUACAACAAACCCGCGUCGUGGAAGGCUACGACGCCAUGGGAGCAGAAGCUGAAUGAGCUCAUCUUCUCCCUCAAACUAGAUGGCCAACCCCGUUUCCGUGAUGAGCGCUGGAAGGACGUCUUCCUAGACAAGACAGGCGACAAUGGCAAAGUCAAGGAGCUAUUUGUCACGCCUAUAGGUGAAAAGGUCUUCCGGUGGACCGUGUGGCUGUCCGACGAAGCCCUUUUGCUCAGGCUGCGGACGCUGAGCCAAGUGGCUAUCCUGCAAGGAAAGGACAAGGAAGACUUUGAUAGCAAAUUUUGGGAUAUAGUCAAGGCUCCCGAGGCAGAGAGGAACGAACAAGGCCUGCUUCCUUUGCAUGGAGGCACUGCGGUAGCUUGGACGAAGAGGGUAGACUGA